AUCCAAGACCCACAGCGGAAGUACCAACGUGCUUUGAACAUUAUCCGGGAUAUCGAAGUAAGUCCGGGCUUUUAACCGUUUGGCUACCCGAGACUGUACAGUAGCACGCGGUCCGAGCAAACGUACCAUUGAACGUUCAAACGUUCGAACUUUACGAAAGGGCGUAAGCAAGUCCCGGAUAACGUUUCCACGGGAACAUUGCCAUAACGACCGGAGAUGCUGUACCAAGAAAGCGAGCAAGGUCAUGAGCAACAGGGCCCUUCAGUCGAUUCAGACAUUCCAGAAGAGCGCAUUAAAGCGCGAAGAUUGAGAAUACAGGCGCGAAUCGAGGCAUCCAAACGGGAAGCCAGUGGUGAGAAAGAAGUGAAGCCUAGAGUUCUGAGUGAGAGUGACCGAAAUGCUCUUCGUAAAAGCAGCAAGCAAAUUGACCAAUCACUGCAGAGAGUGAAUCGGACCAAAGCGCAAGGCAUUUUGCUUGCUACUAACGUCAUAUCGGCCAGUGAUGCGAGGGAGUCGCAUAGGAGGUUGGAGGACGAUGACGCCAAAAAGGCGAGGAUGGAGAAGCUGACGGCAGAGACGAAAGCGAGUGAAGAGAAAUUUGAAGAAAUUACAAAGAAAUGGGAGAAUGUACAACCAAUGGCUCAAGCACAAGAGUUACACGAAAUGUUGAUGGCACAGAAGGCGGCAUGUGAUGCAAUGAUUGAUGAGAAAAACAAGCUGAUUAUGGAACUGCAGCAGGAACUGAAAUCGAAGGAUGAACAGUAUGUGAAUGAUCUCAAACAGCAGACCGAUGACGUCGACAUCAUGAUUGAACGAAUGGAAGACCAAAUCAAAAACAUCUCACAGUCCUACAAAGAUGAGCUGCAACAAAUAGAAAUCUCGUUCGAGUCCGAGCGUCAAGAGCUGGUUGAGUCUCACAGACAGAAGUGGGAAGCCAACAUGCAGCGACGACGUGAGAAAGAGGAGGAAUACAUGAAGGCCAGACAGGUGAGAGUUGACGAGUUUGAAGCUCAACUGCAGCAUCUGCGGACACAAGACGCUGAGGAGUACAACAAAGUUAAGAUAAAGAUGGAGACAGAUGUGCAAACGUUGGAGCAGCAGUUGCAGUCAAUGAAGGCGACGUUUCAGUUGAAUGCGGAGAAGCUCGACUAUAACUUUCAGGUACUAAAAAAGAGAGACGAAGAAAACACAAUCACCAAAUCCCAACAAAAACGUAAAAUCACACGCCUUCAGGACACUCUCAACAACCUCCGCAGCCGACUCGCCAAACAAGACAAAACCUACCGAGAGGAGAACUCCUCACUAUCGGAAGACUAUCGUCGCUUGUCGGGCCAAUUCAAAAAACUGCAGGAGAAAUCAAAGCAUUUUCAGUUGACUGACAUGAAACGCUUUAUGGACAUCUGGGAGAUGAACGAGUGGCAGGCAGUGGAGUUGAGACAGAAGGUAUUGGAAGCAGACAGAAUUGCACACGAGCAACAGCUCGGGUUGAAAUGGGAGGCUCCCGAACAGCUGGAGAGUCCCAUAAUACAGACGGCGAACGUGGAAGGUGAUGGAGGCGAGGGAAAGGAUGGUGGGGCAGUUGAGGCGAGGAUGUCGGCGUCUGACACUGCUGCGAAGGUUUUUUCAGCAGCUGAGAUUGACGCUGAAGGAGACAGACACAGUGAACACCCAGACAACAAGUCUUCAACCCCACCUUUUAUUCAUCUACCACCAGCAGCAGCAGCAGCACUAGAAACAUCUCAUUUCUCAUCUACAGCCGUGAAACGAGCACUAGAGCUCAUCUGUGAUGAAUCGGGUUUUCUAGUUGAAGAAAAGCUCACACAUUUGCUUGCACCUUUAGACAAGAAUGAACAAUCUCUGAUGAAAUUGGACUCGAUAUUCAAGGCACUUGGUGUAGAAACAGAGGAAGACGUGCAUCUGUUGGUGUCGUAUUUCUUGAAGGCAGCAGAAGAAGGAGAAACGGAUGAGAUUAUCACCCAAGGAAGUGAGACCCAGAUUGAAGGAUUCGACGAUGAUCAAUUUGAAAGGUCAUCCUCCGUUCAUCUUGCUCUUGGACGUCGCAUCGAUUUAAUUCAUUUAAAUGAUGCAUUGAAGGCAUUGAAGCAAUUCUCUGAAGACCAUGCGCACACCAUGAGAGCUCAGUCGAAGAAACAGACUAUAAAAUCGAAACCACAGAUUACUGCUCCAAGCCAUAGAGAAACCAGUCUCGAUCCUGUUUAUUGGCAACGAAUCAGUGCGGUCAUCACACCAGAGAAGGAGCAAAUGUGGGAUGGUCUGUUAGUAGGUCUUGAACGUUACAGCAAAGAGCUGCAAGAACGGUCGUCCCUCAUUCAAGACACAGAGUCUCUCAGCAGACAGAACGUCGAACUGAGGAUGUUGUUAAACCAAUAUUUAAUGUCUAAGAUAAAUUUGGAGCUGGAGAUUCCGCCGACUAAGACAUUGCCAUUGGAAGUAGGAAAGUCUCGUUCAGAGUACCCUUAGUUGUACAUAGUUGUAGGCUUUGAAGUAGGUAUGAUUAGAAUCUAUACAGUUGACGCACACUGCAGUGCAGAGGUGUACAUGUUACUAUGUUAUAGUAAUAGUCCAGAAUUCUA